GAGAAUAUAGAGGCUGCUGCUGUUAACGUCGGAGAGAGAAUCACAUUCACACGGACUGCUAGGCGAGGGAGCCCGAUGAGAUGGAGACCUUCAUCCAUCUUUACCUGAAUAUUGUCGAUCUUGGGAGUCAUGCCAAGAUGUGACCGUCACGCCACGUCAUAGUUUGGAUCUGUCCAGCCUUUACAACAUUUGUUUCUAUAGCAACAGAAAUAUCACAGUAUCCUGAAAAGCCCUGUUCCCACAAUGCAGUCCUCUAGCUGCUCCUCUCAGCCUCCAAAGCCGCGGCGCUUUGACACCAGCAGGCGGACCAAUACCUUAGCUGCACCAAAGUCUCAAGGGCCUGGUUUUCAGAGGGAGGAUAAAAAUAUGAACACGAUCACCACGUCCUCCCCACGCCGAGCUACUAAGGGCCCCACAGCACCCACCAGGACCAAGGUGGGAGUGCAGCCUCGGGCACCAUUAAGCCAGUCGAGGUUUGGCUCACAAAAGCAAGUUUCAAACAUCUCCAAAUCAGCCAAGCCCAAACCCAAGAGUGUUCGUCCCUCAGCUGCAUCCAAAAUUGCAACAGCAGCCGAUCCUCCACCACUUCCCUCUGUUCUUCCUCUUGAUCCGAACUGCAACGAGCCAAGCCUUCCGUGUCUGUGCUGCGAUGGGCGCUCCCCACAGGACAACAACAGUAUGUUCAACCAUAACCACAACAACAACAACUCCAUCUCGCUCAGACAGCAACUGCAGCUACCGCCUCCUCCGGCCCCGUCGCCUCCGAGGCAGGAUGGGAAGGGGCCCAAGGAACAGAAUCAGCCUCCUGUGCAAGCACAAGCUCAGGAGCCCCCUGCCUGCCCUGCUGUAAGUCUGGAAAAUGAAGGCAAGAAUGAAGAUAACAGCACCAAUCUGGAAAACAAGAAAAAUGUCAAAGUAGAGGAAGAAGACGAUGAGGAAGAGAGCAGUGGGGAUAUUGAUAUAGAUGACGAUGAAGAGGAGGCUGACAAUGAUGAUGACGAUGAAGAUGAUGACACCCUGGUACCCUCGUGCUGUGACUGUCCCCCCUCCCUCCUGGAGUUCUCACUCUCCUCCUCUACCUCCUCAUCCUCCACUUCCAUUAGCUCCUGCUCUGAUCUGGAGUCUGACUGUGCAGAUCAAUCUGCCUCCAUCUGCUCUUCCCAAGACCAAGAUAAUCUAUCCGUCGCUCUGUCCUCUAAAGACCACUCUCUGCCGCAAGCCCUUGAAUGCCAGCCUCCUGCGCGUUCACCUCCAUCCCUUCCUCUUAGCCGCAAUCCCUUCUCCCUAACAUCAGUUUCCCCAAUCCCCCCUUGCUCCCCAGAUGAGGGCUACCCCUCUGCUCUGGGCUCUCCCUCUCCAGACUAUUUAGGUGUCAAAGGUGAUUCUGAGGUCACCAAACUAGGUUUACUUGACUUUCUAGAAUCAGUAGGAGAGUUUGGGAAAAUGGAGCGCUUUAGCCAGGUGAUCCAAGUGGCUCGUUGGGAUCUGGAAGGGGAACAACACUGGGAUGUUCUGAGGGAUCGGCUCGAUCACCUGGAUCGCUUGGAGAAAGUGAACAGGGAAGUAAAACUGGCUUAUGUUGCCAGACUCCAUGAGAAGGGAUUUGAUUUUGGAGAUCUGGAAGAGCAGGAUCUCUCAGAUGUCAUGGAUGAAAUGGGCAACAUCGACAUUCCCUGGAAAUUGUAUAAAAGUAGGAAAGAAAUGAUGGGAGACUCUCAGGAGUUUUCAGACGCAGGGGUUGACCUCACUGCUCCAUCAGACUGUGAUGAGCCUCUCGUUCCAGAUUCCCUCACCCCAUCCCCCGUCCAGCCACCACCUAGACCCCCCAAACCUCCAGCACGUCAUGCCAGCGUGAGCUCUGACCUCCACACCUACAUCAAUAUCAGCAGAGAGACCACCUCCAUGGCAGUCUCCACCUCUCCUACAUUGUCUACUUUCUCCCCUAACUCCUCUUCCCCCACAUUCACCACUUUUAGGUGUGAGAAACCCCUUCCUCCAUCUCCACCCUCUGUUCCUCCUCUCCCCACUUCUAAACCAGUCCCUUAUCUAACCCUUUACACCACUACUUCUCCACCCCCAUCUAUCCCAACCCCAACUCCUCCUAUUCCUCCGCCAAGGAGGCGUCACCUUGCCAGGAAGGAGGCACAGCGGCUCGCUGCUCUUCAAGCCGAACAGGAAAAGACCCCCCUUUCCCUUCCUCCUCCUACCACACGUCCCCCUCCUCUACCUCCUCCACCAGUUAUUUCAGUCUCCUCCUCAUCUCCCCCUGCCAUACCACCUCCACCUGCCCUGCCUCCUCCCCCCUCCUUCCACGCUCUGGAUGUAGAGAUUCGGAAACUACUGAUGCUUGCUGGACUGACCCAAGCUGAGCUCCUCAAACUCAGCCCAGAGCUUGGUGUUUGUGUUGGAGGGUUGGAGGAUGAGGGAGAUAAUGUUAUCUUGUCCAGGUCUGUGGAACCACGUGAGUUCAGACUAAAAGAGACGGAGGGGGAGAAGCAAUCUGACACUGAGUUGAUGGCCAAAGAUGGAUGGAGCAAUAGAGGCAAGUUGGAAGGAGAGCAAAGAGUAGUUAUUGCUGAAGAAGGCAAAAAGAAAGAGGAGAGCAAAGACACACAAAGAACCACCUCAUUCACUGAGAUGGCAAGAAGAAGGAAGAGGAACAGUGGUCUGACUUCCGACUCUUACUACAGCACUGGUUUUAGCAAUACACAUGAAACCAAAGCAAAGAACCUGGGCUUUGAGUCUUUCAGGUAUCCUGCUGAGUUACCAGAUUCACCUCCUCCUCCUCCUCCGCCUCGUCCCUUACCGCCAAUACCCCCAUCUUUGCCACCCAUAAAAGUCAGCACUCUCCCUGCCAACUCUGCACAGCCUGAGCGAUUUGAUUGGCUCAUAGCAUUUACACCUGACUGUGAAGCCCCAUCACAGCCGUCACCCGUGGAAACACGAAAACCUCAUAUGGAAACUGAAAAGAAGCUCAGUUCAUCAGGUUCAUCUCCAGGGUCAGCUCCAAAGGUAACAACUUUUAAAGAGCUGCGCUUCCGCAACAAAAGUGUCUCUGCCCCAACAAAAGUGAUCACUGACCCAGAGCCAGACCCCACAGUUAUUACUCCAGAUCCAGAUAUACUGUACAACCUGAGGUGGAGAAGAGAGAAGGCAGGCGGUGAUGGCAACCAAUGGGAGUACACCUCUCAGGCUCAGGCCUUGUUCAUGCAGCCACCACCAGCCCUUACCUCUAUGGCUGCUCUGCAGGAAAUGCUCCGGAGAGCUGACAAGGAGGGUGGGCAACUGGAGCUGUGCCCAUCACAGAAGAUUGGCUGCUCAGUCAGUGACAGCAGCCUUUGGACCAUGGGCAGAGAGUGGGAGUGUGAGGAUGUUAAGAGUGAGGAAAAGGAAGAGAAAGAAGAAAAAGAGGAGGAGGACAAGGAGGAGGAGGUGGAGGUGAGAGGACGAGCUGAUGGAGGAAGGACUUUGGAAUCGAGAACUUCAGUUUCCUCCCCCCCUCUGUCCCUUACCCAGUCCUCCCAGCCAUACUUCCUUCACACUGCCCUCCCUUCCUAUCGUCCAGGCUACUAUAACUCCCAGCCCUUUGCAGAUCCCAGACCCCACAGUCAUGUAGGCAAGGAGUCCACAGAUGAACUCAGCAGCACACAGUGGGCCCAUGCUGCCACCUCAGCUUGUAUCCGUAGAGAUGAGUCCAACACUGAUUUCAGCACAAGGUUUACAUAUGAAUCUGUGGCUGAUUUUGGUGUAGACUCUGCUUGUCAUAAUGGAAACAUCUUGAACACACACAGGGACUUUGCAUCUGAUUCUCUGUGCAAUUUUGACUCUCUAUACUGCAGUGACUCAGAGAAGCAGAGUGAUACACGCACUGAGUCACACUCACCUGGUAAUGGCACCACAGAGGCUCCAGGCUGCACCACCCCAUAUAAGAACAUAGAUGUCAUGAUGACACAUUCAAACAGUAUCAGUGCUUUUGAUUCUCUGUAUUCAGAAAAGCGAGCACGCUCACACACAAACCACAAGGCCAGGACAUAUAAGGAGCUUCCCCCUCUCCCCACAUAUUAUCUGUACCACCCUAAAAACUGUCCUCUGCACCGGGGAGCCCCUCCUCGCCUCUCCCCUAUCGGAGCUCUCUCCCCUCCCCAGCGCUGCGGAGCCCCCCCUCCAGGCACUGCAGGCUCCAGCCUCAGCUCCCCGCUUUUCCCCCGCUCUCACACCUUGCCUGCCCUCGCUGCUCCCCUCUACUAUCCAAACCUGUACCCUCCAAUACCGCCCAGGGUGCCCCCCCUACCCCCAAAACUCUACCAGGUUCCUCUGCAGUCACACGUGGCGACUGUUCGCAGUGUCUCAUUCGCUGGCUCAGUACUGAGGACAGAGACGUCCUGGAUGGGCGAAGAUGUGAAGCAUCCAAUGAGAGGUCUGGGCCUGUCCUCUCUGUACCUUCAGGAAAAAAAAGCUCUGGUCAGUGCGGUCAGUGUCGCAGUGGAAGCCAUCUUGGCCCAGUUCAGUUCUUCUCGGACUGUUGUGCAGAAGUCUCUCUCAGUUAACAAGGCCUUAUCAGGAGACAGCACUAUAAAUCCAUCUCUGGGCCGUCUGGUGCUGCAGUGCCUCUGCCCUGCCCUGCACAGCUUGCUUACUGAUGGCUUGAAACCCCACCAGAGUGACCUGAUUGCAGGCAGGAGGCCAAACUCCGCCUGGAGCCUGGUCCAGGCCUCCACCAAACCAGGUCCAAAAACACAGGUCUUGUUCAACCUUCAAGUUCGAGUCGGAGAGUUGCCACAGCUCAGACAGAGCAAACACAGGUUCAACGCAUUCCUCCUUGGCUUGCUUAAUACCAAGCUCCUUGACUUCUGGCUUUCUCAGCUUCAGUCUAGCAGUGAUGUGCUGGAGACAUAUUACCGUCCCACGUCCUUCAUGUGGCUGUCGCUGACCACCUGCCAGCCUCUGUUCGAGGAGCUGCUCCUCGUGUUGCAGCCUCUCAGCCUGCUGACCUUCAACCUUGACCUGCUCUUCCAGCACCACCAUUUAGAGCCAGACAGUCACAGUCCAGAGAUCCCCAGUCCACCUUGUCAGGAUGUUGGGUUGCAGCUCUCAACAGAGAGCAGGUCCCAAUCCCAAAUUACUGGCUGCAAAUAUGCUGAAAGCCUGUCAGAUGUAGACUUUGGAAGCACAGAACAUCAAGUAGCUAAAGAGAAAUUGUCACCAUUGGCUAAUCCAAAGAAUGGAGCAUCAGGGGAGUCAACACAGAGCGGUGCCUCGCCCAUAAAGGCUUUGGUCACUCUCGGGCAGACAAGCCCUCAGCUGUUGUGGGUACAAGCGAAGGAAAUUGAAGAGUUACCUCCUCCUAAUACUGAGGAGGACAGCCUUGCUCAGCAGGCAGGACAGGUAAUUCAGCAGGGAUGGGGGGCUGUGAUGCGCUGGGGAGGCAGACUGAGCCAGAACCUGGCUGAGCUGAGCCUGAAAAAGGAGGAAAUGAGGAGAGAUCUGCCAGAUCUCCAGGUCCAGACAGGGAGUGAUUUUGCUCCUGUCAGCAGUGGUGCUCAGGUUCCUUGGGGUCUGGGGCGGCUCUUCGGAGCCUCUAAAAGUCCAAACAGCCCGACAGGUCACACACCACCAACCAGGCGUCCCUCUCAGUGGCUGGCUCCCGGUGUCACCGCGCUGACUCGAAUGGUGAGCAGCAGCUCCACUCAGAUAAUAAGGAGGGUCCCAGAGCCACAGGCAGAAAGUGAGCCAGAGUCAGAGAAAGAAGUUGAUGCACUGGAGAUGGACAAACCCAGACCACUCAGGUCAAUACGAACGCUGUGUGACCACACCGGAUCAGGUUCAGAGCUCAGCUUCUGCAAAGGGGAGGAACUCGUCGUCUUAGGAGGAGUCGACCAAGACUGGAUUCGCUGUCGUCGGGGAGACAGAGAGGGGCUGGUACCUAUCGGCUACACGUCCCUCAUCAUGUGACUUCAGAACCAUAACUGCUGCACUCAAUCAAUAAAUAAAAAUAAAAUAAAUAAAUAUAUAUUUUAGGCGAGUAUUGAGAGGUUUUAGUGAGGCCCCACUACUCUGAAAGGGAUAUUUCACGCUUGCUCAGUUAGAGAUUGAGUUGAGUGCAUAACACCAUCUGUUCUGCUUUACGACCAUCAGGAGCAGUCUGCAACCCUCUCCUUUUAUGAACAUAUGGGAGUUUUUUACCCCUCACAAUCCAUCCAGUUUGGUAGCAUUAAACUAAUGGAUUUUAGCAGCAGGAGUACAGCAGAUGGUGUGAAAUAAUGACUCAAGUCAAUUUUAGAUAAUUUCAUACUGGAAGACCUUUGAUCUUGGAGUGAAGUAUCCCUUUAAACGUCCUUUUUCUCAUUCUCAUUCCUUCCUUGUCAGCCGCUGAUCUGAAAAUGAUCACAUGGGGAAAUUCUGCGCAAUCAACCACUAGCAUUUUCAUGUGCUCUCAGACCAGAGGCUGCCGCCUGUGAAGAAGCAACAGUCAACAGCCUGGCAGCUGCCACGUUAAUAUCUCUAGCCAUCAGCCGUAGAGAGUCGUGGCUCGCAGGUUGUGGAGUGGAGAAAUGGAUGUUAGAGUACUGGGCCGUAACUCCUGUUGCAUACUGCGUAGUAAUGUAGUGAAUUGUAGCCGUGUAGAUCUGUGUUCUCUUGAUCUUUCACCCCUAAUGACCUCUUACCUUUAUCGCCUAGUUCAUGUGUGUUUGACAUGUUUCUGAUAUUAUAUUAUAUGUAUAAAUAUACAUAAAUAUAUAUAUAUAUAUAUAUAAAUAGGUAUAUAAAUUGAGAUUGAUAUUACCAAGAUAGAUAGAAAGAUAGAUGAACAAGAGAAAGCAGAUAGUAAAACAAAAGCUUCAUACUGUGGCCAUAUUGAGGAAGUGGAUGGUUCAAAAUGAAUUAAUUAAUUCUUUAAAUUCACAUCUGCAGCUUCACACACAUCAAGUGGUUGUCAUACAUGCAAAAAAAUGUGUUUGUUUUAAUGUUUUAUGAAAUUCAGUAUUGCCAUUGUCUUGACAUCAUAUUCAUAAAGAUAUUAGAUUUAGCCUCAUACCUUCAACACUGUAUGCAUUGUGAUGUGCCAUAAAUGCUUUGAAUGAAUAUUUAUCUGUCCCACACAGUUCUCGGAUAACAUCAGACAACAGCAAUCUGUAGCUAAUCUCUCUACUCAUCCAAAACAUGUGAGGAAUAACAGCCUUACAGAACUAUGCUCAGCUCUUGUUCGACACUAUCUGACCUUAAGUUGAACGCAGUGGGAAAAUCCCAGAUGUUUGUAUAAUUCCUAAAUGCUACUGUAAGGUCUGUAGGCUUGGUGGCUGGUCUUCACCUUGUACCUCAGCGUUUGUAUUUCUCUUAACCCUUCCUGCCAUGUUUGCUUAUCAUGAACAUCGGUAUUAAUGAUAGUGGUUGUGGUGGAAGUGAUACAUUGAUAUGAAAUUGCUUUGUGUCAUAUAUUUAUUUGUUAUUCUCUAGAUUCUGUGUUGAUGACUAUGCAUAUGCUUAAAUAUACAACUAAAAGCCUU